CAGCCAAUCAGCUUUUGCAAAGCGUCCUAAGCUGACGUCAGCCCGGUACCGAUGAACAACCGGUAGCGUUGAAGAGAGCUGUGCGGUUCCCUGUUGUUUGUAGCUUUGUCCGCUAAUCCUCCCCCACUGUCAAACGUGCAAACAUCAUGCCUUUCGAUGUUAGGAGAUUCGAUAUCUACAGGAAAGUGCCAAAAGAUCUCACCCAGCCCACAUACACAGGAGCUUUCAUUUCCAUUCUCUGCUGUGUCUUCAUACUUUUCCUGUUCCUGUCUGAGCUGACGGGAUUCAUAGCCACUGAAAUUGUAAAUGAACUGUAUGUGGAUGAUCCUGAUAAAGACAGUGGUGGGAAGAUAGAUGUGAGUUUAAACAUCAGUUUGCCACACUUACACUGUGAUUUGGUGGGUUUGGACAUCCAGGAUGAGAUGGGCCGCCAUGAGGUCGGUCACAUAGACAACUCGAUGAAGAUUCCUCUCAACCAGGGCGAUGGCUGUCGCUUUGAGGGAGAGUUCACCAUCAACAAAGUGCCAGGAAACUUUCACGUGUCGACACACAGUGCUACAGCGCAGCCCCAAAACCCUGACAUGACCCACACCAUCCACAAGCUGGCCUUUGGAGAAAAGCUUCAGGUACAAAAAGUACAAGGAGCCUUCAAUGCGUUAGGAGGGGCUGACAGGCUCUCAUCUAAUCCUCUGGCCUCACAUGACUACAUACUGAAGAUUGUUCCAACAGUGUACGAAGACCUAUCAGGCAGACAGAGGUUCUCUUACCAGUACACGGUAGCCAACAAGGAAUAUGUUGCUUACAGCCACACGGGCAGGAUCAUCCCGGCCAUCUGGUUCAGAUACGACCUCAGUCCAAUCACAGUCAAGUACACAGAGAGGAGACAGCCCUUCUACCGCUUCAUCACAACAAUCUGUGCCAUCGUCGGAGGGACGUUCACAGUCGCGGGCAUCAUCGACUCCUGUAUAUUCACCGCUUCAGAGGCCUGGAAGAAGAUCCAGAUAGGAAAGAUGUCAUGAGGAUCGCUCCUCACCUCCCCCAGCACAUCUUAUUUAUAAGUGCAAAGUUGCUAGCCUGUUAGCUAAAUCCAAUCCUGCUUGAACCAACUUCCUUGUGAGAGAUUGUAUCACCGUGACCAAUGAAGUGGCUCCAGGCACUCGAUCUAACUACCAGGCUACACGCCACUACUGCAUCUCAGUUACCGAAACUCCUCUCAGGCUCCAUCUGCUCUGCUGACGUGUGGACGCAGACUAUCACAUGUCCUGCUUCCUGCAUCUUCAGUGUCAGGAGAGGAGAGGAGAGGAGAGGAGAGGGAAGCUCUUUUGUUACUGUGGAGAUGAAGUCUUAAGUACCGUGUGUCAGGGUUCAACCUUUAUGGGUGUUUUGAAGGCUGCAGCUGAUAUUUUUAGAAUGAAGUUUAAAAAAAAAAAGAAAUAGCUGAGAUUUGUGGUGAUGUUCAGUAUUUUAAAUGACUGAGCACCAUGUGGCACAAAUCUGUGCACUUAACAUUUAUUGAAUCAUAAGAAAAAUUUCAAUUCAUGGCUCAAUGAUUUACAGAUUAAAAAGGGGGGUGAAAUCAAAUUGUAUUACUAUCUUUUUAUUUUCAGCCCAAUCUACUGGUCAACCAGAAUGUCACUUUAAUAGUGUUUAUAUCCCCAAUACUGGAAAAAGGGAAUGAUUAUCUGAAGGAAGUGUUUCUUUUUUUUUUUAAUAAACCUGUACCUGUACCACAAAACUACAUUUUGUAUCACAUAACGUGAGUUGUUCUCAUCCACUCUGCCAAUUGUUUUUUAUCUCUAGUAUUCAAAACUGUGUGCCUUUGGGUUUACUGUUCCACCAUACAGGAUUAGCAUCAGCUCUCAUUAGUUUGUUUCAGUGGCUGCCUCUAAAACCAGGUUCUUUCAUGCAUGUUACAGCUACAGUUUCUGUCUUAGAUUAGUUUUCUUUAUUACAGGUUUUCUUUGUUAGCUUUCAUUUCCUUUUAUACCAAAUAUUUCAUCAACGCUGUUGAAGGUUCUAGGUUUAAAUUUUUCCAUUCCAUUUUGGUGAUUGUCUUGUCUUUGCUGAGAGAUAAAGAUUUUGUUUGUUUUUAAUCGGUACCUGAAUUUGUUUACUGAUCCGUGAAGUUGUGAAUUGUAAAAAAGCUUUGGUUUCGUAAGGAGAGAACUUGUAGGCGAAGAUGGUUUUUUUUACUCUGUGGGGAUGAUUUUUUCUUUUAUACUAUUGGUGCCACAGCUUCUCUGAUUAAGGACGGUGAUAAUCUCAAGCCCUCAGAACUGGUCUGAGGUCAUCCAUUUCCUCUUCUGUCUCAAAUUUCUCUGUAACACUAUGUGUUCCUCAAGUAAAGGUACCAUAGAAGACCCUGA